AUGUUUAUGAGGAAGCCUCUCAACACUGAGGAUGAUGCGUGGAUGCAGGACGUGGAUGUCCCUAAGGUGUUGGGUGACCUGGUUGAGUCCGUCAUUGGUGGUGUUUAUCUUGACAGCGGCAGAGACCUUCAAAAAACAUGGGGAGUAAUCAGAGUGUUACUGGGAGAGUCGUUGAAUCAUUGCCUGGUAGACGUCCCCGUCAACUGUGUUCGUCAACUUAUUGAGCUAGUCGGUGAGGUCCUGCCCACUCUACCCAAGUUCAAGAAAGUUCCUCGGCUCAAAAAUGAUAAGAAUGCCAAGUACCUUGUGAAGAUUGAUGGUUUACCAGACGUGUGUGGCAAAGGCAAGAAUUACAGGACAGCAAAGAUAGCAGCAGCAAAAUUGGCUAUUCGCAAGUUCCGAGCACAUAUGUCUGAGUGGAACAUGUUACCUGAGUACGCUAGCUCAGCAUCUCAGUGAUUGUGUAUAUAUACAUACACACACACUGACUGAAUUCCCAGCACCCACACCAGGACCAGAAACUAAGAUUCAACCUCUCUACCCACAAUAGGGCCAAAAAAAAAAAAAUACAUAUGUUCACUAGAAUGGAAGAGAUGAUAAUUUAUAUGUCUAUUAUUUUGUUUACUGACUGAGGAAGUGCACAGGGAAGUACUACAAGUACGUACAAUAAUACAGGUGCCUACACUAAUGCAGGUACCUAAAGUAUUUCAAGUAUUCAUCUCAAUAUCACUAUUCCCAGCACCCACACCAGGGCCAGGAAGUAAGAUUCAACCUCACUACCCUCAAUGGUGACUAAAAAUAUAACAGCAAGGGUCAGUCUCACUAUAAUAACAGCAAGGGUCUGUCCUACCAUAAUAAAUCAUUUGUUCAUCAAAAAUAUUUUAUAUCAGCAUUCCUCAGAAAUAAAAA